CCGAAGGGGAGGAUGAGGAAAGGAGGGGAGGGAGAGGGAGGUGCGGCUGGGCGCCCCAGGCACGCCGAGAGCCGGUGGAACCGGGCGCAGGCCAGCGGCGACCUUAUCAGUUUGCUCUGGGAGAACGACCACGGGCUUACGGAGGACCUGGGGCUGCGAAUGGCCGCGGCGCUGCGCCAGCGCAUCCGAGCCACGCGGGAAGCGCAGAACGGCGCGGGCAGCAAGGCGGACUGGGCAUCGCACUUCAUGAGCUCCGACAUCGUUUACUCCUCGCCCCUCACGCGGGCCCUGGAAACGACGUGUGUGGCGCUGAAGGACGACGUCAUCGCUUCCAAGGGCGUUGUCGUGAUGCGGGAGGCGCGCGAGCAGAAGAACAGCAUCGGCAGCGUCGAUUCCACCGGCGUUGCCGUGGGCGAGAGGAUCCGGGACCGCGUGCAGGAGGACCUCAGGGCCGUCCUGGAGGCCGCCUGCGAGGGGACGGGGGAGACGCCCGAGGCUCCCGCCGACCGCGCCCUGGCGGACGCCUGGGAGUCCCUGGAGGCGCUCGCCAACCUGCCUCUUGACACCAGCGGGGUCGAGGACGAAUGGUGGGGCCCGCUCUCCGGGGACCACGAGGAGCUUCGAUUGCAUGACACGUACUUGGCUUUCUGUCUGUCGUCUUCCAGGUUACUAUCCUUCCUGCCAUCUCAAGUUUGCAAUACCAGCUGCAGCAGCUGCAGCCGUGCCACAGAAGAGAACCGAGCAUGAUAAUGUGUAGUACCCUUAGCACUCGCAGUAGUAGCA